AUGGAAAACCAACAAAAUCAUUAUUCUAGAAACUUUUGUUUUGAUAGAAAACUUCCCAACUUUUUAAUAUCCGUGAAACUUAAAUAUGUGAAACUUGGUUACCACUAUUUAAUCUCCAAUGCUAUGUACCUAAUUUUAAUACCUCUCCUAGGUGUAACUUCAGCUCAUUUAUCAACUAUUUCACUCAAAGAUUUAAUCCAACUAUACGAAACUUUCAAAUUCAACCUUGUUUCAGUGACACUAUGUUCAAGUUUAAUAGUAUUUCUCGCAACCCUUUACUUCAUGUCACGUCCAAGAGGCGUAUAUUUGGUUGAUUUUGCAUGUUACAAACCACCUCAAGAUUUAACAUGCACACGAGAAGUUUUUGUCGAAAAAUCGAACUUAACUAAAGCGUUUACCGAAGAAAAUCUUUUGUUUCAAAAGAAGAUACUUGAGAGAUCAGGUUUAGGGCAAAAGACAUAUUUGCCAAAAGCAAUAGUGAGCGUCCCUCCAAAUCCUUGUAUGGCUGAAGCAAGGAAAGAAGCUGAAGAGGUUAUGUUUGGUGCUAUUGAUCAAGUUCUUGAGAAAACUGGUGUGAAGGCUAGGGAUAUUGGAAUCUUGGUUGUGAAUUGUAGUUUGUUUAAUCCAACACCUUCUUUGUCUGCUAUGAUUGUGAAUCAUUAUAACUUGAGAGGGAAUGUUCUAAGCUACAAUCUUGGUGGUAUGGGUUGUAGUGCGGGACUUAUUUCGAUUGAUCUUGCCAAACAGCUCCUACAGGUACAACCAAACUCAUAUGCCUUAGUAGUGAGCAUGGAGAAUAUAACACUAAACUGGUAUUUCGGCAACAACAGGUCAAUGUUAGUCUCAAACUGUCUCUUUAGAAUGGGAGGAGCAGCAAUCCUCCUCUCCAACAAACCCUCGGACCGCCAUCGAGCCAAAUACCAGCUAUUCCACACCGUCCGAACGCACAAAGGCGCAGACGACAAAUCCUACGGCUGCGUCUUUCAAGAAGAAGACGAAACGAAGAGAGUCGGCGUGGCACUCUCAAAAGACCUAAUGGCCGUCGCCGGAGAAGCACUCAAAACAAACAUCACAACAUUGGGACCAUUAGUCCUUCCUAUGUCAGAACAGCUCUUAUUUUUCGCGACGUUGGUCGCGCGUAAAAUCUUCAAGAUGAAAAUAAAACCGUACAUUCCUGACUUUAAAGUAGCUUUUGAGCAUUUUUGUAUUCAUGCUGGAGGAAGGGCAGUUUUGGAUGAACUUGAGAAAAAUCUUGACCUAACUGAUUGGCAUAUGGAACCAUCAAGGAUGACACUAUAUAGAUUUGGCAACACUUCUAGUAGUUCUUUGUGGUAUGAAUUGGCUUAUACAGAAGCUAAAGGGAGGAUCAAAAAAGGUGAUAGAACUUGGCAAAUUGCAUUUGGCUCUGGAUUUAAGUGUAAUAGUGCUGUUUGGAAAGCUUUGAAGACUAUUGAUCCUGCUAAGGAAAAGAGUCCUUGGAUUGACGAGAUUCAUGAGUUUCCUGUUCAUGUGCCUAAAGUGUCAAAAGCUGGAGUGUUUGCAGGGAAUGUAUGCUUGCUCGACAAUUGUGUUCGCGGGGAACAUGUGUCUGCUGAGCUGUUGUGUUUGCGGGGAACAUGUGCCUACUCGGCAUCUAUGUUCGCGGGGGAACAUGUGCCUGCUCGGCAGUUGUGUUCAUGGGGAACAUGUGCUUGCUCGACAGUUAUGUUCGCAGGGAACAUGUACCUGCUCGACAGUUGUGUUCGCGGGGAACAUGUGCCUACUGAGCAGUUGUGUUCGUGGGGAACAUGGUUUAUUUAUGCGCUCCUCUCAUCGGGGAGGCUGGUGAGGUCAUUUUUGUUGCAAUACUGA